AAAAGUCAUUUAAAAUCAUCAAAUCGAAGAGACAAAAAAAAAGAAAAAAUAAAUAAAAAACAUAUCUCUCUCUUUGUCUGUCUCUCUGGGCUUUUGCUUUUCUGUGCCUCAAUCCCGGGCGAUCUGGUCCAUAACUUCUAGGAGGCUUAUCGGAUGUGUUUUUGAGCUCUGAAAUCUGCUUUAGGGGCUCUUAUCGCUAAAUUCUCUAGCCCAAAGGAGGGGUGAAGAAAUGGACCAUGAGAAGACAGGAUGCCAAGCUCCUCCUGAACGUCCUAUUUUGUGCAUUAACAAUUGCGGUUUCUUUGGAAGUGCAGCUACAAUGAAUAUGUGUUCCAAGUGUCACAAGGAUAUGAUAUUGAAACAGGAUCAGGCUAAACUUGCUGCGUCAUCUAUUGAUAAUAUUGUGAAUGGGUCCUCACCCAGCAAUGUGAGUGAAACCGUUGUUGCUAGUGGUGUAGAUGUGCAGAAUUCUGUGGAGCCAAAGACCAUCUCAGUUGAGCCAUCCUGUGCAUCUGGCUCAGGGGAGAGUGUAGAGGCAAAGCCGAAGGAGGGUCCAAACCGGUGCAAUACUUGCAAAAAAAGGGUUGGUUUAACAGGGUUCAAAUGUCGUUGUGGUAACCUGUUCUGUAAAUCACACCGUUACUCAGACAAGCAUGACUGCCCCUUCGACUAUCGCACUGCUGCUCGUGAUGCUAUAGCUAAAGCCAAUCCAGUUGUCAAGGCAGACAAGCUUGAUAAAAUCUAAAUACAAGGGAGAUAAAGUUUCAUGUGCUGAAGUAUGUUUGCUCAUUUUCCUCCGAGGCACCCCGUCUGAGUUGGCCACAAGUGUUAUGAGGUGUCCUUAUUUAUUGUUAUAUAUGCUGGAAGACAGGCUAUCUAGGACAUCUAUGCACUAUGAAGACCUCUAUAUCUUGUGAUUGGCGAGAAUUUAUAUGUUGGCAUCAGUGAUUUGUCUUAAUCUUGUGGUGGUUUGAUGUACUCUAUCACUUUGUAUGUGUCACUCUGUUUCAUAUGGCAUUUCGCUCUAGUUCUCUACUUUUAAAAAUGGUAUAUGCAAUUUCAAGAUGAUAAGAGGAUGAUCCUGGAUGCUCUUAUGGGAGCUGUGUAAAAUUUCAAUUAUGUUUUUCCUUGUAUUUAUCCUUGUUUUGUGUUUAAUCCUUUGCAAA